CAUUUAUAUCGGAACACAAGACAACCGGAAGCUGGAGGAAAGCAAAUGAGUAAAUAGAGUUUAAUGAAAAGCUCGAUCGACCGACCGACCGAAGAUCUAAAUUCAAUCACAGGACAUUCAGCAGAAACAUACUAGGAGUACUUAUUUACACAUGUGCUUUGUGUUCAGUAUUUGAGCAGAGGUAAAAAUGGGACCGAAAGGGAAAUGAAUACAAUUCCGACCGUUAAAUUCCAAGAACCAUUUAUAGCCCAUACCAUACUAUUCCCUCUCCUCGGCAAAACCUCCGCUGCUUUUCUCAUCACCAGCAGAAGCAGAAGCAGAAGCAGAGGAUAUAACGAAAGAAUGUCAUCUUCUUAAACCCUGUGCCCUUCCUUUGUCUUUUUCUCUCCUCUCCUCUCCUCUCCUCUCCAUGUACGCAUCAACCCAAUUUGCAAUCAGGCCCACCAUCGAUCACUGUUGUGUGAUUUGGGUAUUUGUGUUUAUCGUAGUGUGUGCUUUUUUUUCCUGAUAAUUGGUGGUUCUUUCUCUUGGAUUCUCUCGGUCCAAACAGUAACCAUACGCCAAAACCUCGGGAAUUCCCAUUUCAGACAAUACCCAUAAGAUGUUUUCUCCAUUUUCCUGCAAUUUUCCCCUCAUUGCCCUGAGACCUGACCACCUCUGUUUCUCCGCUCUCCGACCCAGAAGAAGAUUAAAGAGAUAGAGACGUCUAGAGAGAGAGAGAGAGAGAGAGGAGUUAAAAAAACCUCCACGUGAUUGAGAGAAAUGUGGGGAUAAAAACCACAGAUUGAAAAGCCAUGGUGGCAGCUAAGGAAGGAUUGCAUGUGAAGGUCAAGACAAGUGUCUUACUGACUGCGAGACUGUAAAAAAACAUUUUCUCAUUAGGGUUAAGAAAGAAAGCUGAUCUUUCUCUCUCUCUCAUGUGUUUGCUUAUGAUGCACCCACAGACACUACCCAUAUCUUUGUUCUUCUCCACGUGGGACUUGCAUUCUAUUACCGCCUAUAUCAGUACCCCCAUAGCCUUAUUGUCCUCCUGUAUUUCAAAACCCUUUAUUCCUGUGUCCCGUUUGCUCACUCCUUUUUCUUUGCCCUUUAUGGGUUUUUCUCGUUUUGUUUCAUUUUGCUAGCAUUCAACUCAAGUCGGUUCUCUUAACCUCCACCUCUCAUCCUCAUUUCCCAUUCCUUGGAUUUUCUUGUCCUUGUGCAUUUUGCUUGAAUUCAAUCUGAUUUUGCUACUCUCAAUCACUGACUUCCCAUAUUCUGAUGGAAUUCAAGUCAAAAUAGAACCACUCCUUAUGCUUCAAUUGUUGCUUUCCAUUGAUGGGUAGUUCUUGGCAUUGUCAAAUUAUCCUUUGCUAACUUCUGUAUGUAAUGGCUUCAAUCCCAAGGCUUCGUAAGCUAUGUUAUGUGGAGCCAGUGAAGUGCUCUCCACUUGGUUUUGAAUCAUUUGAAUCCCCCAAAAGUGAGAAGGAAUCAUUUGAGCCACCAAAAGUUGAGAAGCAAUUAGUAGAUGAAAUUGUUGUGCUUGAUGAGCAAAAGAGGAAGAAGCCCAAGAGGGGGCCUAGGGAGUGGAGAUGUGUGGAUUACUGUUGUUGGAUAAUUGGGUACAUGUGCACUACUUGGUGGCUUCUCUUGCUUUUGUACCACUCUCUGCCUGCUAAUUUGCCUGGACUCAAGGUGGCUGAGCCGCCCGGGGUACGGCUGAAGAGGGAGGGUGUAACCGCCCUCCACCCGUUGGUUCUGGUGCCAGGCAUUGUCACCGGCGGCCUCGAGCUUUGGGAAGGGAAGCCUUGCUCGGAAGGUCUGUUCCGGAAGCGGCUUUGGGGUGGUAGCUUUAGUGAGAUCUUCAAGAGGCCUUUGUGUUGGUUGGAGCACCUAUCUCUGGACAACGAAACUGGACUUGAUCCCCCGGGCAUUCGCCUUCGUGCAGUACCAGGACUGGUUGCAGCUGACUAUUUUGCACCUGGGUAUUUUGUUUGGGCUGUUCUUAUUGAGAAUCUGGCGCGUGUUGGUUACGAGGGGAAGAAUAUGUAUAUGGCUGCCUAUGACUGGAGGCUCUCUUUCCAGAAUACAGAGAUCAGGGACCAAGCUCUUAGUAGGUUGAAGAGUAAAAUUGAGCUUAUGUACGUAACCAACGGCUAUAAGAAAGUGGUGGUGGUGCCUCAUUCCAUGGGGGUCAUCUAUUUCCUCCACUUCCUUAAAUGGGUUGAAUCACCUCCUCCUAUGGGAGGCGGUGGAGAUCCCGGUUGGUGUGACAAGCAUAUCAAAGCAAUCAUGAAUAUAGGUCCAGCAUUUCUUGGUGUUCCGAAGACAGUAAGUAGUUUAUUGUCUGCUGAGGGAAAAGAUGUUGCUUUUAUCAGAGCUAUGGCUCCUGGUCUCUUAGAUUCUGAGUUGCUUGGGCUUCAAACUCUGGAACAUGCCUUGCGGGUGUCUCGAACAUGGGACUCCAUGAUUUCAUUGAUGCCAAAAGGAGGAGAGACUAUUUGGGGCAACUUGGAUUGGUCACCAGAGGAAGAUUAUGGUUGUGUUUCUGCAAAGAAAACAAAUAUGCAACCUUCUGGAGGAAUUAACACCAACAAUACUGAUGGAAAGAGAGGUCUCAGAGUUCAAGAAUCGGUGAAGCAUGGAAGGAUCAUCUCUUUUGGCAAGGACGCAUCACGGUUGCCUUCGUCACAGGUCCCCAAUCUUGGUUCAAAGGAAUUUGUGCACGCAACAACCUCCACUAAUCCCAACACGUCCUGCGGAGAGGUCAUGACAGAAUAUGAUGAGAUCAGUCGUGAAAGCAUUCGUAAAGUUGCAGAAAACAAAGCUUACACGGCGAGAAGUCUUAUUGAUCUAGUCCGCUUUGUUGCUCCCAAAAUGAUGCAACGGGCUGAGGGUCACUUCUCUCAUGGGAUUGCAGAGAAUCUAGAUGAUCCUAAAUACUCCCAUUUCAAGUAUUGGUCAAAUCCGCUCGAGACCAAGUUACCUGAUGCUCCGGAUAUGGAGAUUUACUGUUUAUACGGUGUUGGAAUUCCCACUGAAAGAUCCUAUGUAUACAAGCUCUCGCCUUCUGAUAGGUGCAGGAGUAUUCCUUUCCAAAUUGACAGCUCAGCAGAUGGAAGCGAAGACGGCUGUUUAAAGCGAGGAGUGUCCUUCGUUGACGGCGAUGAAAGUGUUCCUGUCUUAAGCUCCGGAUUCAUGUGCUCUAAAGGGUGGAGAGGGAAAACCAGGUUCAACCCAUCUGGGAUUUCUACCUACGUGAGAGAGUAUAGGCACAAGCCGCCAGCAAGUCUUUUUGAGGGGAGGGGGUUGGAGAGUGGUGCACAUGUUGAUAUUAUGGGCAAUGUGGCUCUGAUCGAGGAUGUUUUGCGGGUUGCUGCUGGAGCCACCGGCGAGGAGUUGGGAGGUGAUAGGAUUUAUUCGGAUAUCCUGCGAAUGUCUGAGAGGAUAAAUAUUCGGCUUUGAUUUGCAUGGAUUUGGUGAUCAAUGCACGGAGAGAGAGAGAGAGAGAGAGAGAGAGAGAGAGAGAGAGAGAGAGAGAGAGAGAGAGAGAGAGCAAACAUGCUGCGAGUGUAUGAAAACCACAACCGUUACGGCUUCCUUCCAAGAAAAGGGCUACGAGGAUGGGGGGAAGAGGGGGCUUGACCUGUACUCUAACAAUUGUUUGUAAGUUUCUUGUUGACAAAAGCAAUUUUCUCACAUUCUGUAAUCAAAUAAGGAAAGAAGUUCUCCUUUGCAAAAAAAUAACUACAUUCUGACA